AUAUAUAUAGAGAGAGAGAGAGAGAGAGAGAGAGAAAGAGAGAGAGAGAGAGAGAGAGAGGGUAAAAGCGAAAGAGAGAGUAAGGGUGAGAAAGAAAGUUGCUUGUGCCGGAAUUUCCAUUAGUUUAGUGAAACUAGGAAGAUAAGAGAAUAGCAGAGGAAACGGAUUUAGGCUUAGGAAAGAGGAGAAAGGUGAUUGGACGCUUGAAAGGUGCACGGAAUCGGCAGUAAGGAUUCUCGGGAAAACGCGAUCGGUCCCCGGUCUGUCGUAUUGUAACAGAAUCUUCCUGAAGAUUAACGCCUGUGGUGCCGCUGUCAACAAUACAUAUCAUUUUAUCCUAGUUUGCAGAAUAAAGUUAUCGUGUGUAGGAUAAAGUAUUACCUGGUGAAUGAUUAUAUGAAGUAACGCGAGAGUCAUAUUUCUUGGAUGAGAAAGAAAAAGAACAUUAGGCGCUAACGGAGAAUCAGAAUAACCGAAGAAAAGUAUUGAUAAUGUAUAAAAAACGAGCGCAUAUUAAAGUCCGAUGAGACCUCUUCUUCUCUGCGAUCGUUAUUAAUUCUAUCAUUUUUUGUGUAAUAUUGCUCGUGGACUGUGAUCCUCUUUCUAUCGUGGAAACAAAGAAGAAUUCUUCAGAUUCUUUAACUGUUAAGAAAAAAUCAGAAAAAUCAGGAAAAUGAAGCUCGAUUUUAUGGACCGAGAAAAGGGGUUGGAGCUUUUCGGGAAGUUAAUAAGAACAAAAAAUAUCGACUGUUUGCAAGAAGAACAAACGAAAAAAGGUCCAGAAACAUUGAAUACAGCUGAUCCGAAGCAGAAAUUACAGAAGUGUCUGACUACUCUGGACCUGACGUCUUUAGGAGUUGGUUCCUGCGUCGGGACGGGCAUGUAUCUAGUCGCAGGAAUGGUUGCACACAGUGUUGCUGGACCUGGUGUCAUUAUAUCAUUCAUUAUAGCUGCUAUUGCUUCCAUUUUUUCUGGAGCAUGUUACGCAGAAUUUGGAGUAAGAGUGCCUCACACAACUGGCAGUGCUUAUAUGUACAGUUAUGUGACAGUAGGCGAAUUGAUAGCAUUUAUUAUAGGUUGGAACAUGAUACUCGAAUAUUUGAUAGGUACGAGUGCCUGUGCUUGCGCCCUUAGCGCUUGCUUGGAUGCUCUAUCGAAUGGUGCUGUCUCUGGAGCGAUAGCUAACAGCGUUGGUACCAUAUUUGAACGACCACCAGACUUCCUAGCCUUUGUCAUAACGAUACUGAUGAUGUUACUGAUGGCAGCUGGCGUUAAGAAGUCUUUGGUGUUUAAUAAUGUACUCAAUGCAAUUAAUCUCGCAGUAUGGGUUUUCGUUAUGGCAGCUGGUAUGUUCUAUGUUGACUCGAGUAAUUGGUCUGAACACAAUGGAUUUCUUCCCUUUGGUUGGAGCGGGGUAUUCACAGGAGCAGCAACAUGUUUUUAUGCCUUUAUUGGCUUCGAUAUAAUUGCAACUACCGGGGAAGAGGCAACAAAUCCUAAACGAAGUAUUCCUCUUGCGAUAGUUUCAUCAUUGAUCAUCAUUCUCAUUGCUUACGUUACUAGUAGUAUGGUUUUGACUCUUAUCGUCCCAUACGAAGAAGUUGAUCAAGACUCUGCAUUGGUCGAAAUGUUCGGUCAUGUUGGUGCAUACAAAUGCAAAUAUAUUGUAGCUGUUGGUGCACUCGCUGGUCUCACUGUCUCUAUGUUUGGCAGUAUGUUUCCAAUGCCUAGAAUAGUUUAUGCCAUGGCUCAAGAUGGCCUCAUUUUUCGAUCUUUAAGCCACGUAUGGCCAGCAACUGGUACUCCAGCAUUAGCUACAUUAACUUCUGGUCUUUGUGCUGCAUUUGCAGCAUUAUUAAUACAAUUAGAAGUUUUAGUAGAAAUGAUGUCGAUUGGUACCUUGUUAGCAUAUACUCUCGUCUCUACUUGUGUCUUAAUAUUACGGUAUCAACCGCAUACAACUAAUUUAGUUGAACUUCUCCCACAAAGUCUACGUACACCAUGUCGUUCUCCAACUAAAGAAACUCAAGGAAAUGGACAAGUAACUUAUGGAAAAGAGCUUAGACCAGAUCAAUUGACAACUGCACUUAAUACUGCUCAAGUAGCUCAACCAGAACUUUUGACUACUAAUAAUGGACAACGUAUCAUGGUACGACGUGUCAGAAGGUGUAAUAGUUCCUCCCCAGAUUCUGACGACACUUAUGGUGCAGAAGAAGACGACGUUGGUUUAGGCAAAGAUGAUCAAUAUUUAGUUAGCGAUAGAACGGAAAAUAAAUUUUACGGUAGUGUUCAUGCAGCAGCAGCCGCCUCAAGUUGCGGAAGUACACAUCAAUAUCCUGGAAAUACACCAAUCAUAGGACCACCUUUAAAUUAUCUGCAACGUCGACUACAGGCUGCACAAUAUCUCUGUCCUGCCAUAUUUCCAUGGGUAGAUAGAGGACCUGCCACUGAAGCAUCGGGUCAUUAUGUCAUGAAACUAGUCGGUAUCUUGUAUAUCUUAAUUUUGAUCUUCGAUAUUAUCAUUGUAUGUAGAAUGGGUGAUAUGGACACUUUUACAACGAUACUAUUGUUCAUUUUAUUUUUCGCAAUUGUUGGAAUACUUUUGGCUAUCAGUAGGAAACCGCAAAACAGAAACACUAUAAUGUUUACAACACCGGGAUUACCAUUUGUUCCGGCCAUUGCUGUAACAGUUAACAUUUACCUCAUCUUCAAACUUAACAUCCUAACUCUAGUUAGAUUUACUGUUUGGAUGAUACUUGGUUUCGUAAUGUACUUCUAUUACGGUAUUAAACACAGCAGUUUGGAAGAAGGUAACGUUCAAGGUAACGCAGAUGAAGUUGUUGAGUGUACAACGGGAAAUAUCGAGUUAAAAGUUACCGAUCAACAAAGACAGCCACAUAAUCAGCAAGCUGCAUAUACGAACGUAGAACAAAAUAUUUAUGGUGGACAGCAGCUAGAUGCAUUUGGUCAACCCGUAUUUGGUAGUACGAAUUUUGGAGGUACGCCGACGAAUUAUACAAAUCAAUCGCACAGCCAAUCACCAGCGAGCACUACACUCUUCGUUCAACAAGAAAACUUUCCAACUUGGGACGAUUAAAAAGAUUUCUGAUAGAAAAGAAGAGAUAGAAAUAGAAAGACAGAGAAAGAGAGAGACAGAGAAGGAAAGAAAGAGAGAGAGAAAGAGAGAAACAGAGAAAGAAAGAAAGAGAGAGAGAAAGAGAGAGAGAGAGAGAGAGAGGCCGAUACACACACGAACAACUAUAAUACGUAUGUCUAUAUUAAAUAUAUAUGAUUAUUAUUAUGUUUGACAUAUAUGCACGGCAAGUCUGCCAUCAAAAACAACAACAACAACAACAAAAAAAACGUUGAUAAUCAAUCGAAAUCAAAUCGACGAUAACACGGAUCGAUUCGUAAUGUCGUUUAUUAGAAAUAUUUAUCUAUUUCUAGUUCUGUAUACUAACGAUGAUCGGUUGAAUCGAAGCAAUCAGCGAAUUAAUGUAUUUACGUAUUUAAGUUUCUUUUUUCUUCUUCUUUUCUUUUUCGUUUUAUAUUUUAUUUUUCUUUAAUAUAUAU